UGGUGAGCCAUACUCACUCGAUCUCGCGAGACCUUAAGACAAACUCUUCUCUAUUUUCCCGCGAUUCCAGUUUGGUGAAAACUGCGCCUUUCCUCUGGUUUCCUAAAUCAGUUACACCCCUUCUCGCACGCUUCCCUCAAGCUCCUCCUUCAGCUCCGCCUUACUCCCGGCCGCCUUUGCGCUGCGCGCCUGCGCCCGCGCUGGCUUCCAGCGGGUGCCGGACCUGAGAGCCGGAGGGGCGUGCGCGCGCCCUCGCCCUGUUGCGCGCGCGGUGUCACCUUGGGCGCGAGCGGGGCCGCGCGCGCACGGGACCCGGAGCCGAGGGCCAUUGAGUGGCGAUGGCGGCGACGGCGAGUGCCGGGGCCGGCGGGAUGGACGGGAAGCCCCGUACCUCCCCUAAGUCCGUCAAGUUCCUGUUUGGGGGCCUGGCCGGGAUGGGAGCUACGGUUUUUGUCCAGCCCCUGGACCUUGUGAAGAACCGGAUGCAGCUGAGCGGGGAAGGGGCCAAGACUCGAGAGUACAAAACCAGCUUCCAUGCCCUCACCAGCAUCCUGAAGGCAGAAGGCCUGAGGGGCAUUUACACCGGGCUGUCAGCUGGCCUGCUGCGCCAGGCCACCUACACCACUACCCGCCUUGGCAUCUAUACCGUGCUGUUUGAGCGCCUGACUGGGGCUGAUGGUACUCCCCCUGGCUUUCUGCUGAAGGCUGUGAUUGGCAUGACCGCAGGUGCCACUGGUGCCUUUGUGGGAACACCAGCCGAAGUGGCUCUUAUCCGCAUGACUGCGGAUGGCCGGCUUCCACCUGACCAGCGCCGUGGCUACAAAAAUGUGUUUAAUGCCCUGAUUCGGAUUACCCGAGAAGAGGGAGUCCUCACACUGUGGCGGGGCUGCAUCCCUACCAUGGCUCGCGCCGUCGUCGUCAAUGCUGCCCAGCUGGCCUCCUACUCCCAAUCCAAGCAGUUCUUGCUGGACUCAGGCUACUUCUCUGACAACAUCUUGUGCCACUUCUGCGCCAGCAUGAUAAGCGGUCUCGUCACCACUGCUGCCUCCAUGCCUGUGGAUAUUGCCAAGACCCGAAUCCAGAACAUGCGGAUGAUUGAUGGGAAGCCGGAAUACAAGAACGGACUGGAUGUCCUGUUCAAGGUUGUCCGCUAUGAGGGCUUCUUCAGCCUGUGGAAAGGUUUCACACCUUACUAUGCCCGCCUGGGCCCCCACACCGUCCUCACCUUCAUCUUCUUGGAGCAGAUGAACAAGGCCUACAAGCGUCUCUUCCUCAGUGGCUGAAGCGGCCAGGGGCUCCCACUUGCCUGCUGCGUCUAUGGCCACUGCGCCCUGGGGGCCUGGACUCUGCUGCCCAGGACCCCUCUAUUUAUUUCCCCUUCCACAGUGUGGUUUCUUCCUCUGCGGUAAAGGACUUGGUCUGUUCUACCCCCUGCUCCAGCUUGCCCUGCUCGUCCUGAUCCUGUGAUUUCUCUGUCCCUGGCUAUUCUUGCAGGGAGCUGGAAAACUUCCUGAGGAUUUCUGGCCUCCCCCUGGGUUUUAGUUUCAGGGCACACAGGACAGCAGAAGAUCCCCCUUCUCAGUGGGGAGACCAAGGCAGAACUGAGGGGACAGGGAGGAGCAGAAGCCAUCAAGAUGGUCAAAGGACCUACAGAGGGAGAUGUGGUCCCUCCUCCCCCUCACUGAGGACUUAAUAAAUCGGAUUGAUAACACCAGC